AUGGCUCAGGCUAUGCAGAACCAACCGAAUGCUGAUGAGAAUGCUAGAUCUCGUAGUUUGGCGACUUUCCAAAGGGAGAAUCCGCCGGUGUUCAAAGGUACGCAUGACCCUGAUGGUGCUCUUGAUUGGUUGAAGGAGCUCGAGCCAAUCUUCCGUGUUAUGGAUUGUACUCCUGCACAGAAGGUUAGAUAUGGCACUCAUAUGCUGGCUAAGGAAGCUGAUGAUUGGUGGUUGGAGACGCUUGCUAGGUUAGAGUUUUUAGGUGAGGAAGUCACUUGGAAUGUGUUUCGUAGGGAAUUUCUGAGGAAGUACUAUCCUGAAGAUGUUUGUGGUAAGAAAGAGAUAGAAUUCCUAGAGUUGACGCAAGGGAACAAGUCUGUGACCGAGUAUGCUGCCAAGUUCACUGAGUUGAUUAAGUUCUAUCCUCACUUUGAUGGCGAAGGUGCUGAAUUUUCUAAGUGCAUCAAGUUUCAAAAUGGGUUGCGCUCGGAGAUCAAGAAGGUUGUUGGGUACCAAAAGAUCCGUUUGUUUUCUAAUUUGGUUGACAGUUGUAGGAUCUUUGAGGAAGAUAGUAAUGCUCAUCACAAGAUGGUUAGUGAUAGAAGGGGCAAGAAUCAACAAAGCCGUGGGAAACCAUAUGAUGCUGUUAGUUUCCUUGGUCAUAUCAUUUCUGGUAGUGGCAUUUCCGUGGAUCCUUCUAAAGUUGAUGUUGUGCUACAAUGGGAAGCUCUGAAGUCAGCUACUGAGAUUAGAAGCUUCUUGGGUUUAGCCGGAUACUAUAGACGGUUUAUCAAAGGAUUUUCUAAAUUGGCACUUCCGUUGACAAGAUUGACUUGCAAGGGAAAAGCUUUUGUGUGGGAUAUUUGA